AGCAGCUCCUACAGCAUCCAGCACCCAGCAUCCAUCCCUGCCUGGGGAGCAGCAGUCCUACCCGGCGCAGCACCGACGCACGGAGGGGGCGCAUCAUCUAAGUGAUGCCACAGCAUCAGUCGCAUUUCGACCACAAAUACUGAGAGUGCAUCCUAAAGGAGACAGAGGAGAAAAAGAAAAAAAAAAAAAAAAAAAAAAAGCUUCAGCCUCGAAGACAGCAACUGCCCAUGAAGAUGUCUAACGCUGACAUCGUCUUAAACGCCACCGAUCGGGUGGUGAAAUCUGUCCCCUUCCCCUUGAGCCACCGCCUUACGAUGAAGGAAGUGUUUGACUGUGAAGGGAAACCUCGCGUGGAUCUCCUGAAGGCCCAUCUCACCAAGGAAGGUCGCGUGGAGGAGGCCGUGGCACUUCGAAUCGUCAACGAGGGAGCAGCUAUCCUGCGUCAGGAGAAAACUAUAUUAGACAUCGAGGCACCGGUCACAGUCUGUGGAGACAUCCAUGGGCAAUUCUUUGAUCUCAUGAAGCUGUUUGAAGUGGGAGGAUCACCAGCCACAACACGGUACCUGUUCCUUGGUGACUACGUUGACCGUGGCUACUUCAGUAUUGAGUGUGUUUUAUACCUUUGGUCGCUGAAAAUCCUCUAUCCAAAGACACUAUUUUUACUUCGUGGAAAUCAUGAAUGUAGACAUCUGACAGAGUAUUUCACCUUCAAACAAGAAUGUAAAAUCAAGUACUCAGAGCAGGUGUAUGACUCGUGUAUGGACGCAUUUGACUGCCUUCCCCUGGCUGCGCUCAUGAACCAACAGUUUCUGUGUGUUCACGGUGGACUCUCACCCGAAAUACACACCUUAGAUGACAUUAAAAAGUUGGAUCGGUUCAAAGAGCCACCAGCUUUUGGGCCCAUGUGUGACCUGCUGUGGUCUGACCCUCUUGAAGACUUUGGCAAUGAGAAAACCCAGGAAUAUUUCAGCCACAACACAGUGCGAGGCUGCUCCUACUUCUACAGUUAUCCAGCUGUAUGUGAGUUCCUACAGAGCAAUAACCUAUUAUCCAUAAUCCGAGCGCAUGAAGCACAAGAUGCUGGCUACCGGAUGUACCGUAAAAGUCAGACGACUGGAUUCCCAUCCCUCAUUACCAUCUUCUCAGCACCAAACUACCUGGAUGUUUACAAUAACAAAGCUGCUGUACUGAAAUAUGAAAAUAAUGUCAUGAACAUCCGACAGUUCAACUGCUCACCCCAUCCCUACUGGCUACCCAACUUCAUGGAUGUCUUCACCUGGUCUCUGCCGUUUGUUGGAGAAAAAGUCACAGAAAUGCUGGUGAAUGUGCUGAGCAUCUGCUCUGAUGAUGAACUCAUGAAUGAUGAAGAUGAGAUUUUUGAUGCCAAUGCAGCUGCACAGCGCAAGGAGGUGAUCAGAAACAAGAUCCGUGCUAUUGGGAAAAUGGCCAAAAUGUUCUCCGUUCUCAGAGAGGAGAGUGAAAAUGUGUUGACGCUUAAGGGCCUGACGCCCACUGGCAUGCUGCCAAGCGGGGUUCUUUCUGGAGGCAGACAGACACUGCAGAGUGCCACCAUUGAAGCCAUUGAAGCCAUCGAGACGCAUGCUGAGGACAGAGAAGCUAUUCGUGGGUUCUCCCCCCAGCACAAGAUCACCAGCUUUGAGGAGGCUAAGGGCCUGGACCGCAUCAAUGAGCGCAUGCCACCUCGCAAAGACGGAGUGAACCAUGUGGGUCACUCCAUUGGAAAGAUGAAUAUGUCAGAGGCAAACGGCACAGAAGACAACAGCAACAUCCAGUGAUGUGCUGUCUCAGAACUGCCGGUGGCUAUGCAGCAAGACUUUGCUAAAUUCAGGCCUCUGAACAUAAAAUAAAACAGGCCCACAGAUAGAAAAUGAAAUCUGCAGCAAAAAGGUCAUUUAUUUCAUGACACUAUGUCAUUGCACGGUUUGGGGGAGGGGGGAGCUGGGGUUCACGGCCGAGGGCAGGCAUAAGGAGAGAUGAGCAGGCUUCAACACGACUGCAAAAAAAAAAAGUCAAGUGGUUGAAAGUUGUGUCUGCCUGUUGUUCCCUUUCUCAAUUCAAUUACAGACUGAAUUGUUGGGGGCUGUUUUGUUUUGAGCGCUGACACAUGUCUGCUCUUCAUCACAGGGCCUGGCAGCAGACAUAAUUGCGGUAUCAAUGCCACACAAAUCAUUUUACUGUUUCAUAAAGUGUUUAUUAUGAAUCACUCACAAAUUCACUUGAUAAGGAAAAUGAUCUUGUUUACCUACAUGUUUUGCAAUUAUUUGGUCACACCACUUUGUCAGAAAGAAAGCAAAAAAAAAAAAAAAAAAAAGCAAAAUGUGUACCUCUUCAAACCUGCAGUGCAGUCUUACUGUUGAACUUUAAUUUAUUGAUUUACCUUGUAGUAAGAUGCUGUCAUCUUGCACGGGAAAGAGGACAGGGUGCUCUGGCCUGGCCACCAAAGAUCAAACUCCACUUUGCGUAUGUCUCAGUAAUCUCCAGCAACUGCUCCUUUCCUCACCUUCCUCACUAUCAGCCAUCUCCUAGCAAGACAUAACUUGGAGGGGAUGAGGGAAGAAAAGGGAGGGGGAUGAAAAGAGCUUUUGAAAGUUUUUAUUCCACUGCUUACUGUAGAUAUAUCCCAGUAUCACGAACUACAUACAGUCUGAAAAUGUCACGCUAGCCCUGAAGCUCAAAAGGUGCAACAUUUAUAGGUCAAUCUCAGAGGGUUUUAUUUUAUGUGGUUAUAUCAAAGUUAUUUACUUCCUCUUCACUGUCUGUUUAAGUAUUUCACAUCAGAGAAGGGCAAAAAUUAUACAGUUACUUUUCUGGACAUUUUUACAUUUGAGCGUCCUCUGUUGAAGGAGGCUUGGGGUCAUGAUUAUUCCAUCACUUUGCUUUGCGAUGACUGUCAACAAACUGGAAUUAACACUAAUUUCUGGACCACAGGAGAAAAGUUUCAAACUGUGUGACAUAUCCCGCUAUCGAGACCCCACCCGACAUUCCUCACCUGCUUGUUGCUGAAGAUAAAGUCAAAUAAUUGGUGCAGUCAACUAUAAAACACCUUUGCCCUUUGAGUCUGCAAACUGUUUACUGCGCUGCAAAUUCGGUGAGAUUUCAUGCUCCACACAGAACUACAUCAGGGUGAUGCAGUGAAGAAAUUCUGCAGAUGUGCUGUUUAAAGGCUAUUUAACAUUGUGCCACUUGGAAUAAGCAGGCCUAGAGUUACGCUGAAAUCUAUUGACAUGAUUUGACUUGAUGAAGAAUCCUGACCAGAAUUUAGUUAACUCAUACAAUGAAAAAAACUAAAAUUCUCAAUAUGAUCUUGGAUUGUUUAAAGUCAUCAAGACUUCCUUCAAGAAACCUGAGCACAGGCUUUUGAUUUAUGAAUUCAUUCUAAAUAUAUGAAUCUGUCAUUCCUUGUUUUUUUUUAAUCAAUUUUUUCUAAUUUAAUCUAAGUACAGUGGAGAAGCAGGCUGAGAAAAACUUUACUCACAGGUGCACCAGCACUGUGAUCUCAAAGAAAUAGAUUUCCAUGCCCACAAAUAAGGAAGUACAUAAAUAAAUAAAUUUAAGCAGAAACACUUCAAAAUCUAAAUUUGGGAGCGUCACGCCCCAUCCACAAGUGACACCUGCUAAAUACAUUUCUACAAAUUCCUAUCAUACAUCAAUAUUUUUUCUACUUUAUAUUCCAUCUUUCUAUUUAAUGAUAAAAGUAUGUGAAUUAAGGAUGAACAAAAAGUGAUUUUUACACACAGCAUCUAUGGUAUGGAACGCAUCAAUGCAUGCAGUUAAGUUCCUAAUUGUUCUGUGAGAUUAUAAUUGUGAUCGUUGUGUUUCAAAUAGUAAACUUGAAUUUAUUUAUUUUUGAAUUCUAUUGUUAGUUUUAUUUGUCUUGUUUUAUACAUUUUAUAAAUAGGCUUCCUUUGAUUGAUUUGGUCCAUUUUUUUUUUCAUUCUGUUAUUUAUGACCACUGCUUUUAAUUUUAUAUUGAUUUUAUUGUAUGCAGAGAUGCCCAUCUAAGGUGUUACGCAUUGUGUUAUGGAUUUUUUUCUGUUGUACUGAUGUACAGAACAUGUUCGGUAGUGUGAAUGAAUAUAAUCUCAGUGAAAAGCAACUUUCAGGCUGCCAAAGCAUGAUAGCAUGGUUUUCAGAUGUAAAUGAACUGGACACAAAGAAAAUCAUGUGUCACACUUACAUUUAACAGGAAACAUUGUACUCUGGUUAUAUUUACUGCUGAUAUUAUUAUUGUUACAAUUUAGCUUAUGGUUAUUUUCCUUCCUCCGUUUCUGGGUCUUGUAUGGUCUACAUGCAUAUUUCAGCAAACAAAUAUAAUGGAUUUUAUCUUGCAACAUUUUUUUUUAUUAUUAUUAUUAUCUAUCGAAAUAUGUUUUGGCAUUUGACCUCCUAAAUAAUACACACAUUGUAAGCAUGCCCUAUGGGACAAAUCACAUUUUUUUACUCUUGAA